AUGCAUAAAAUAUACGAACACGUCUUUCAACGAACACCAGCAAUGGAUACACACUUAAUCGUUGGCAAUCGAAAUCGUCGCGAUAUACAACAUGAAUUAAUAAGAAAACGACCAAACAAAAAAACAUUACAAAAUAAGAUAACAAAAAAAGAAAAACAAACCGAGAAACAACCCAACGAAAAAAUUAUUACAACAACAUAA